CUGUGGGGCCGGGGCCCGGUCCGCGGCCGGUGCAGAUGAACCUGUACGCGACGUGGGAGGUGGACCGGAGCUCCCCCAGCUGCGUGCCCCGGCUGUUCAGCCUCACCCUGCAGCGCCUGGUGCUGGUGCGGGAGCUGGGCAAGGACCUGGGCUCCGUGGUCAUCGCCGUUAAGCUGCAGGGCUCCAAGCGGAUCCUGCGCUCCAAUGAGAUCCCAUUGCCAGCUGGGACCCCCGAGACCGAGCUCCAGCUCACGUUCUCCCUACAGUACCCCCACUUCCUGAAGCGGGACAACAACCGGCUCCAGGUGAUGCUGCAGCGACGGAAGCGCUACAAGAACAGGACCUUCUUGGGGUACAAGACCCUGGCUGUGGGGCUCAUCAACAUGGCUGAGGUGCUGCAGCACCCCAGCGAGGGGGCCCUGGCGCUGGUGCUGCACCGGGCGGUGAAGGAUGCUCCAGUGCCCGUGGCCGAGAUCAGGGUGAACUCCCUCUCCAGCCAACCCAUUGACCAGGAGGCCAAGGGCAAGCUCUCGGAUCGCUCCCCUGACAUUGACAACUACUCAGAGGAGGAGGAGGAGAGCUUCUCCUCAGAGCAGGAGGGCAGUGAUGAUGCUCUGCAUGGGCAGGAUCUCUUCUAUGAGGAAGAGGAGCUGCCCAAGGUGAAGAAGACGCGGAGGAAGCUGAUGGCAUCCACCCGGCAGCCCAACAUCAAGCAGAAGUUCGUGGCUCUGCUGAAGCGCUUCAAGGUGUCGGAGGAGGUGGGCUUCGGGCUGGAGGCCGUGGCCGGUGCCCGGAUGCGUUCGGUGGCCGAGGACCUGGACGAGCUCUAUGACACCCUCGAGAUCUUCAACCCCAGCGACAGCGGCGCCGACAUGGACGACACGGACAGUGUGCUGAGCACCCCCAAACCCCGCCUGCGCCCUUUCUUCGAGGGGCUCUCGCAGUCAAGCUCACAGACAGAGAUGGGCAGCGAAGGAGCCCCCCCGGCAGAGCCUGGGGCCAAGGGCGGCCGCAGACCCCCCGAGGAGGGGGUGCAGGACCCCGAGGGGCUGGACCCCCGGGGGGACCCCGAACCCCUGCCUGAGCCCGGGGGGGGCCCCGAGAAGCUGCGGACCCCCCUGCGGGGCAGCAAAGGGGAGGCAGCAUCACCCAGGGCGGAUGUGGGGGGGGCCCCCCCUGGUCGGGGCCGUCGGGGCACCCCCCAACGUGAGCGGGGCCCCCCCCGACCCCCCCCCGGUGAGAGGAACAACAGCUCCGAUGGGGGGGAGCGGUCCCCGGAGCUGGCCCCCCCCAGCGCGCAGGUGCCCGCCCCGGGCCCCCGCAGAGCAGUAUGGGAGCAGUUGGGGCGGGCGCUGGGGCCGGAGCCAGGGCUGCCCGAGAGCCUCGUUCUGGUGCAGAGCGGCCAUUGGCAGGGACAGUGGGUGUCGGAGCUGCUGCAGGCACAGGGUCAGGCACCGGUGGGGGCCACGGGGGGGGAGCUCCCGGCGCUGCUGUCGGCGCUGCUGAGCCGCAUCCAGCGCCUGUGCCACAGCUCAGCGCUGCCCCCCCGGGUGCUGAAGGUAGCAGCCGUUGGGGGCUCCGGGUUCCACAGCGCCCUCCUGCGGGCGUUCGUGCGGCUGCUGAGCACCCGCAGCCCCGAGUGGCCGAGUUACCUGCGCUUCCUGCCCGUGCCCCUCGGCCCGCACCCAGUGGCUCAGUACCUGGGCUCUGUGGAUGGGCGCUAUGGGGCAGCCUUCCUGGACCCCCCCUGGCGAGAGCUCUUUGGGCGCAGCGAGCCCCCCCCCACCGAGCCGUUCAGUGUGGCCGGGCGCAUCCUGGGGUACGUGGCUGGGGCCGGGGUCACCCUCGCGCUGCCGGUGGCUGAGGCCAUGCUGACCUGUGGGCACCAGCUCCCCGAUGAGGACUCCUACCAGAAGUUUGUGCCCUUUGUGGGGGUGGUCAAGGUGGGGCUGGUCGAGGACCCCCCAACAGCUCCAGGUGAUGGGGACGAGGGGCCCCCCCCGGGGCUCACGGUCCCCUCCCCAUCCCCCCCCGGGGGACCCCGUGAGGCUGCAGCGACCCCCCCAGCAUCACCCUCCAUGGCCGGCGGCACCAUGGGCUCCUCGGGGGACGCCAUGGGCCUGCAGGUCGAUUACUGGGGGGGGGCACCCAUGGGUGCUGCCGAGCGGCGGCGGGAGGGGGAGCGGCGCGAGGCCGGGGGGGGCCCCCCCAAGACCACCCUGAGGGGAACCUUCCGCUCGCUGCUGGUGACGAGGCUGCCCCCCCCCGGGGACCCCCCCACGGGCACCAUGGCCAUGACCCUGGUGAGCAGGGAGAAGAACAAGAAGGUGCCCACCCUGUUCCUGAGCAAGCGCCCGCGGGAGCCGGAUGCCAAGAGCCUGGUGGUGGAGGGAAUCACUCGGCUCAUCUGCUGCCCCCGGCAGCCCCCGGCCCUGCUGGCGGUGACGGUCGAUGGGACCCAAUGGGACGACAUCAAGUUCUUCCAGCUGGCAGCUCAGUGGCCGUCCCACGUCAAGCACUUCCCUGUCGGCAUCUUUGGGACCAAAGCCCCCUGAGACCCCCACCCAUGGGUGCCCCCCCCCACAAGGGCCAUCACCCCAUUGGGACACCCAUCGCUUCUGCCAACCCCCCCCCCAUGAGCACCCAUGGGUGCAGGCACCCACUUACAGGAACCAAGAGCACCCAUGGGUGCCAGGAACCCUGCUCAGCACCAGUGCCAUGCACUCCAAGAGCACCCAUGGGUGAUGGGACAACCCCCCCACAAGUGCCACUGCCACUCCCCCCUCAAAGCACCCAUGGGUGCUUCCCCCCCCCGUAUCCCCCAGCACCCAUGGGUGCCC